AAAAUUUUAAAAUAUUCGAAAAUAGUAACGAAAUCGAUACUAAGACGUCUUUUGUUUACAUGCUCUACUGUCAAUUUUCUACAUUGUACGUUAACGUCGAAAAGUUAAGCAAAUUUACGAAAUGACUUUACAAUUUGGAGAUCUUCCGAUUCGAAUACGGAGAAUUGUGUAUUAUACCUUGGCCGCGGAUGAUCAAAGAUUUUGGGCAAAGUUUCUAUCCCAUAGCUUGCCAAAUCUAUUUAAACGAUCGGUAUAUAAUGCUAUAGUGAUGGCUCCUGGUUGCCUAAUGUCUGUGAUAUUAAUGAAGUGGAGUAAAGCCGAGCACAGAAGAGCAAAAAGAAAGAAUCCAGCACUCUAUGAACAAAAUUCAAAAUAAGGUUUCAAUGUUCUGAUCAUGCAAUUAAAAUAUAUAAUUCAUUAUAAUUGAAUCAGAAUGUAAAUUAAAAUCUAAUUGACAAUGAUACA